AGCUGAAACCUAUGGCUUCAAGGUCUCAUCUUGAAAAGAGAACCCUGGACACAAUGAGGUUUUCUGUCCCCAUGCAGUAUGACCGGUAGCACGGCCCCAGUGAGUCUUCGUCCGUGCCCCGUCCCUUCGGUUCCCACCCCUCCUGCCUUCAGGUCACUCCGCAGUCAGGUCUGGGAGCAGAGGACGAGCUUUUCUCGCCGGACUCGGCCCCAGACCCCCUCUGUGUAGCUGUGACGUCCGCUUCGCCCCGCCCGCAUUGGGUGGUGACGCGGGGGUGGGUACGCCCCCGCGCUUACGUCACCAGCCCGGUUCCCUCUCCCGGGAGCGUUGGCGGACGCGCGGCUCCCACCCCCUCCCCUCUCACGGGCUCUCCCCUCCCCGGUGGCGGCCGCGGCCCGACCCUCUGCAAGGCGAUGGCCCGGGCCCCGAGCGCGGGCUAGCGUGCCUGGGUGCCCGGCCAUGGGCUGUAUCGGCUCUCGGAGCCCGGCGGGUCAGGCAUUUCUGGGGACCACCAGCUGGCUGAGGCUCAGGGACAGAGACGGCUGCUCCAGCUAAAGUGGCCUCGGAUCCGGCGUGGGCUGUGGAGUGGAUCGAACUUCCUCGGGGCCUCUCUCUAUCUUCCUUGGGAUCUGCUCGGACCCUCCGAGGCUGGAGCCGGUCCUCCCGCCCUUCCUCAGUGGACAGCCAGGACUUGCCAGAGGUGAAUGUUGGAGACACAGUCGCGAUGCUGCCCAAGUCCCGAAGAGCCCUAACUAUCCAGGAGAUCGCUGCGCUGGCCAGAUCCUCCCUGCAUGGUAUUUCCCAGGUAGUGAAGGACCACGUGACCAAGCCCACUGCCAUGGCCCAGGGCCGAGUGGCUCACCUCAUUGAGUGGAAGGGCUGGAGCAAGCCAAGUGACUCGCCCGCUGCCCUAGAAUCAGCCUUUUCCUCCUACUCAGACCUCAGUGAGGGUGAACAAGAGGCUCGCUUUGCAGCAGGAGUGGCCGAGCAAUUCGCCAUUGCAGAAGCCAAGCUCCGGGCGUGGUCAUCAGUGGAUGGGGAGGACUCCACCGAUGAGUCCUAUGAUGAGGACUUUGCUGGGGGAACUGACUCAGACAUGGCUGGGCAGCUGCCCCUGGGGCCCCACCUGCAGGACCUCUUCACCGGCCACCGAUUCUCCCGGCCUAUGCGCCAGGGCUCCGUGGAACCCGAGAGCGACUGCUCGCAGACCGUGUCCCCAGAGACCCUGUGCUCUAGUCUGUGCAGCCUGGAGGACGGGCUGUUGGGCUCCCCGGCCCGCCUGGCUUCCCAGCUGCUGGGCGACGAGCUGCUCCUCGCCAAACUGCCCCACAGCCGGGAAAGUGCCUUCCGCAGCCUGGGCCCAUUGGAGGCCCAGGACUCGCUCUACAACUCGCCCCUCACAGAGUCCUGCCUUUCUCCCGCUGAGGAGGAGCCAGCCCCCUGCAAGGACUGCCAGCCGCUCUGCCUGCCGCCAGCGAGCAGCUGGGAACGGCAGCGGCAAGCCUCUGACGUAGCUUCUUCUGGGGUGGUGUCCUUAGACGAGGAUGAGGUGGAGCCAGAGGAACAGUGACCCAAAUCAUGCCCGGUGGUGGCAUGUGUCCCCUGGCCGCUGCUGGGGGCAGAGCCUCUGUGCCCAAGCACGGGCGAGGCUUCCAGCAGAGCUCCAAAGCCUGGAGGGCUCCUGGGAGCACUCACUCCUCCAUUGUGUGUUUGCAUGAAAGUGUUCAGAGGAGGCAGGGGCCAGGCUGGGGGCGCAUGUCCUGCCCCCACUCCUGGGGUUUGCCGGGGGUUGCCCGGGGCCCCUGGGGCAUGGCUACAGCUGUGGCAGACAGUGAUGUUCAUGUUCUUAAAUCAAAACCACCACGUGCACAUUUCCCCCUCGGGUGAUGUGAACCCCUACGGGGACAGCUGUGACUGGGCUGCGGGGGGUGGAGCGGGAGGGAGCCCUGCCUCCCCGCCCCCGCCCCCUGCCUCUCCUCUGCUUCUCUCCUCACCUCCGAGUCCAUGUGUAGUGCUUGACAGAAUUGCCCCCGCCCGGGGUGGGGGGCCGGCUCUGACCCUCCUGGAGCCUCUGGAUUGAGCUGUCCCCCCAAGGUCCCCUCGCCCAGCUGGGCUCGUGCUGUGCUUCACCUGUCCAUCAUCUCUAAAUCUUCUUUUUCCUAAA